AUGGCGGGCCCGGGCCCUGCCGCCGAGACCAGCAGGUGGCACAGGCACGACUGGGACGCGGUGCUGUCGGGAGGCGCCACCGCGGACCGCUACUUUGCGCGCCCGGGCCUCAUCCGAAAGGACCGCCUCGCCGGCUUCGCCCCGCCGGACAGGCACCCGGCCACCGCGGCGGCCUCGUCCUUCGCGGAGCUCCGCGCCGCGCUCUUCCGGCUCGGCGUGCGCUCGUCCGAGGCGGCGGGGCGCGGCGAGGCGGCGCCGGACCCGGCCUGCGUGCAGUUCGUGCUCAAGAAGGCACACUCCUCGAACGCCUCGGGCAUCCGCUUCCUGACCGGCGCCGACGCCCAGGCGGCCGCCCCGGCCGACGCCCGGCGGGCCGCCAAGAAGCGGGCCGCUCCAGGCGAGCUCGGUGCCCGCCGUGCGGCAGCGCUGGCGGUGGCCGGGGCGGCGGGGGUGCUGGCCGCGGCCGCGCUGGGCGCGCGGGAGCCCCGCCGCGCGGAGCCCCGGGGCGCGGCGGCGGGCGAGCUGAGGCGGCUGCUGGGGCCGGCCGCGGGGGAGGAGGAGCGCGACGGCGGCGGGAAGCCCGAGGUCUGGGUCGUGCAGCGCUACGUGGCGCCGGCGCUGCACCAGGGCCGCAAGUUCCACCUGCGGGCCCUUCUCCUGUGCGUCGGGGACCUGUCUGCGUACCUGCACGAGGGCGCUCGGGUCCUCCUGGCCUCCGAGCCCUUCGAGCUGGGCCGCCGCGACGCGGGGCGCUUCUACGCGCACGUGACGAACAUGGGCGCGAGCAGCGGCCACGACGGCUUCGCCGAGGGCGCGCAGAACCUGCCGCUGUCCGCGCUGGGCGCCGAGGAGGAGGCCGAGCGCAUCCUCCGGGAGGCGGCGCAGGCCGUGGGCGGCACGCUCGCGCGGCUGCGCGCCGCGGGCCGGCGGCAGUUCUUCACGCUGCCCAACUGCUGGGAGCUGUUCGGCGUGGACCUGCUCCUCGACGAGUCGCGCUCGCGCCGCGUGCUGCUCCUGGAGGUCAACCCCUCGCCCUCGCUGGCCAUGUUCGGGGACCCGGACACCGUGCGGCAGCGCCUCCUCGGAGGGGACCCGCUGCAGGACGCCCCGGG